UGUCACCUCCAUCCCGUCACCUCCUAACUCCAGGAUGGAAGCACGAGACUCAGCUCUGUGGUCUGAUUACGAGCAGUGACCACAGUUUCGCAACCUUGAUCCCCCCCAGGUCGUCACCAUGCCCACCCACUCCCCUGCGUUGACUUUAGAACCUUUCGAGUACGAUGAGUCCGCUGAAGCCUGUGAUAUAGGAGAUGCUGUGGCCUUCGGGACCGUCUUUCUGUCCAUACUCUAUUCCCUUGUCUUUGCCUUUGGCCUGGUGGGGAAUUUGCUGGUAGUGUUUGCCCUCACCAACAGCCGGAAGCCCAAGAGCAUCACCGACAUUUACCUCCUGAACCUAGCCUUGUCUGAUCUGCUCUUUGUAGCCACAUUGCCUUUCUGGACUCACUACCUGAUAAGCGAGCAGGGCCUUCACAACGCUAUGUGCAAACUCACUACCGCCUUCUUCUUCAUCGGCUUUUUCGGAGGCAUAUUCUUCAUCACCAUCAUCAGCUUCGAUAGGUACCGGGCCAUUGUCCUGGCUGCCAACUCCAUGAACACCCGGACCGUGCAGCACGGCGUCACCGUCAGCCUGGGCGUCUGGGCGGCCGCCAUCUCGGUGGCUGCGCCUCAGUUCAUGUUCACAAAACAAAAAGAAAACGAGUGCCUUGGCGACUACCCUGAGGCCCUGGAGAACCUGUGGCCUGUUCUCCGCAACGUGGAAGUCAAUUUGUUUGGUUUCCUGCUCCCGCUGCUCAUUAUGAGUUAUUGUUACUUCAGAAUCAUGCAGACACUGUUUUCCUGCAAGAACCGCAAGAAAGCCAAGGCCAUUAGGCUGAUCUUUCUGGUGGUCGUCGUGUUUUUUCUCUUCUGGACACCUUACAAUGCCAUGAUUUUCUUAGAGACGCUUAAUCUCUAUGACUUCUUUCCCAGUUGUGACAUGAAGAAGGACCUGAGGUUGGCCCUCAGUGUGACUGAGACAAUCGCGUUCAUCCACUGUUGCCUCAACCCCUUUAUCUAUGCAUUUGCUGGAGAGAAGUUCAGAAGAUACCUUUACCACCUGUACAGGAAGUGCCUGGCUGUCCUGUGUGGCCACCCUGUCCACGUCAGCUUCUCCCCGUCUGAACAGACCAGCAAGCGGGAAAGCAUUCUGAGCAGUAAUUUCACUCAACACACCAGCGACGGAGAUGGGUCCAUCCUCCUCUGAGGGAGUCUCCAGAGCCUUGCCCCUACACACAGCCCGGAGCGCCUGAGCCUGCCGCUGAAUAACGAAGACAGAUUUUUUGUUUGUUUCUUACAUGCAAGACACGAUGCACCGAACCCUCUCAGACAACCCUGAAGCGUUUUUGAGCUUUGUGCCCCAAAUUUGAAUGCUCAAGGGUAGACAUGUCUCCAACUGCAAAUGUCAGGACUUUUUGUUCACAAAUGACAAAAAUUCAACUCACUCUAGCUUGGCUAAAGAGGAGGCAGGGAGUAUUAUUCACAUGGUGGCCUGAGUAAGAGAGUGCCUGAGCCCUCAGAGUAUGUAGAAACUAGGGCUUGAGUCCAGCUAGGAUUUCCUCUCUGUGGCUCUCAAAUCUCUGAGUGGUGACAGCUUAGCCAACAGAGUGGGACUGAGAACCAUCCCUCUCUGGUCCCAAGGUUAAAAUUCCCAGAGAAGGGCUCUCGUUGGCUGAGUUUGAAUCAGAUGCCCUUCCCUGGGCCAGGCUGUGGUAUUCACUCAGGGAGAAUAGAUACGAUGGCAGCUUCCAUUCCAACUGCAUGGUUAGAGGUCCAGAAAGCCAUAUGUCCAAGAAGCUGGAGGGGGCGGGGCUGUCUUGACCCAAUAGAACAAGAGCUGCCCACCUACCUCCCCAGUAUCUGGCCCAGCCCCCUCACCGAGCACACCAGCCAGACUUCCCUUUUUUAUCAUGCCUCCAAAUCUGCAAAGGUUGUCCAAUGACCACGGGGUCCAAUCCGAGAUGCUACAUCACAUGGUUCCACCUACGAUUCCCCGUCUCUUCCCCUUCCCCAAGGAACUCAGCCCUUCAGCCAACCAAUCUCUUCCAGCACGCGUCGUCCCUGCCCCUGCGCGCGGGGAGGUAAAUAGGGAGAACCCUGGCCUAAACUGACAAGGGGUGGUUUCCACUCCCACCUUCGUCAUCGCUCCCCGGGGAGCUCAGGGCCAGCCCAGCUUCAGCUUCCUUAUCUGUAGAAUGGAGAUCGUGGCACUUUUCACACAGGGAGCCUCCUUCUCAGCAUGAGAAACCAGCCACCAACUCUUGCUGCUCCCACCCCUCGUACCUGGUCUCCAGGCUACAGCUUCCCCCCCACCCCCCGCCGGCGCAGUGCCCACGGGGCAGCCUCGGCACAGCCCGAGGAGCCUCCAGGCUCUGCUGUGGGAUGUGCCCAGAUACAGAGGAGGCUGGUUGCUACAGUGGUACUCAGUGGACACCCCUGGGUACACGGAUUGAUGGCCUUCCCUGACCCCGCCCUCCAGACUGCCUCGAAUAUUCCUUUCCAGUUGCCUCGUAUCAAGCCCCUGCCCAUCUAAAGCUAACCCCCGUCAUUGAUGCCACUGCCAACCUGGGGAGCCAGGGUCGCAAGCACAGCUUUUUCCCCCUUUUUUAGUAAACAUUUGGGAUGGUCGAAUACUUUAAAGCUUGAAAGCCAAUUGCAAUAAUGCUAAAGAGAAUGUCCUCUACUACCUAACAUGCAAUGUCUUCCUUCAUCUGCCCACCCAGGACUUGUUUGUACUCUCACAUGUUUAGAGUUGAAAGUGUAAUGUACAGACCCCUCUGCAAUCUGCUAUUUUUCUCUUACCAUUAGACCACAAAUGGCUUUCUGUUUCUAUAUAGUUUUGUGCUGUUCGCUUUAGAAGGCUCUGCCAGGCUGCGUGCUCGCUGAAGGCAACUGACAACUCAUCGCUGUAUUUCUGACACUUCCUUGGGAGUCAGUACGUUGGCUUCGUCAGUGACAGAAUGAAUUGUGUUCCAUCAAAAUCACAUCUCAUAAUUUACUCACCAUUAUCCUGUUGAUAAACAUUGCACUUGAUGCCAGUAUUUAGUGAAUGUAUAUUUUACAGCACUUC